GUGCACGCGGAAGAAGUGUUUGUGUUUUUAAAGUUGUUUAAAUCAAAAAUAAAGUAACUAGUCUUAUUAUUUACUAAUAUCCUAAUCUUUUUCAAAAUGAAGCUGAAAAAAGACAAGAUUCCGUCAAAAAAAUUAAAGAAAUCGAAGAAAAAUGGUUCUUCAAAGGUAUCGAAAAGGCAGAAAAGACUCAGUGCAAUAACCAUGGAUGAAUUUCUCGAACAGGAUUUCGAGGACGAUGAUAGUGGAGAUGAUGUUUCGGAAAAGCAAAUUCAUGAAUCAAAUGAUGAAGCUGAAGCUGAGGCUUCAGACAGUGGAGAAAGCGAUCUGGAUCCAGAAGAACACAAAAAAUCGUUAAUGAAAUUGAAAGACACUGAUCCAGAAUUUUACUCGUUUUUAAAACAAAACGAUAAAAAUCUACUUGAUUUCGACGUAUCAGAUAACGAGGAAUGUUCUGAUGAUGAAAAUGAUUCAAGGCAUAUUCCAAACGCAAAUCUUGAGAUUGCUAGUGAUGAAAGUGACUACGAGCCUGAAGAAGGAGAGGCCAUUUCGUCGGACGGACCUAUGAAAGUUACACUAAAACUGUUAAGAUCAUGGCAAGAGAGCUUACAAAAAGACAAGACUACAAAAACUAUCAAAAUAGCUGUUGAAGUUUUUCACGCAGCUAUAGCAACACUUGGAGAUAAAAUGGAUGAGGAAACAAAUAAAGAAAUUUCACGGUACAAAGUCGACGGCAGCGCAGUAUUCAAUGGAGUUGUGCAAAUGUGCGUAAUGAAUUUGCCGGAAGCGUUCAAAAGAUUUCUAAACCUCGGUUCCCAGACGCGUUUCGAAGCUCACAAGGCAAAGAAAUUUGUUAAAGUGAAAGGAGCGCUGAAAUCCUACCUCACAGAUCUUAUCAAGCUUUUGCGGUGCGUAACAUCAGAGGACAUCAUCGCCCCACUUUUGAAACAUCUUCAUCAAAUGUUGCCCUUCACUCAAUGUUAUUCUUCCCUUCGAAAACCGCUUCUAAAAAUUUUGUUGAAAUUCUGGUCGUCGGGGGAAGAAACUGUCAGAAUUGUUGCUUUUCUCUGUAUUCUUCAAAUUGCAACAAGCCAAAAAGAAUCCGUCCUUGAAACUCUUCUCAAGACGAUGUACAUCAAGUACGUGCAAAAUUCCCACUUUGUUAAGCCUUCAAAUUGGCCCGGAAUCAAUUUUAUGAGACGCUCUUUGACGGAAAUUUAUCUGCUUGAUAGCAAUUUUUCGUACAGCCACGCUUUCUUGUUUGUUCGUCAGCUCGCCAUUCAUCUGAGAAAUGCCCUAACUUUAAAGAAAAAGGAAAACUUCAACACCGUUUACAACUGGCAGUAUAUAAAUUCUCUCAAAUUUUGGGCGGAAUUGAUUGCCCUUUCAAAACCAGGAUCGAUGAUGAGGCAACUUCUUUAUCCUCUUGUGCAAAUUAUUAUUGGAACAAUAAAAAUGGUUCCGACUUCCCAAUAUUAUCCAUUACGUUUCCACUGUGUAAAAAUGUUAAUAGACAUAGCGAAAGAAUCCGGAACAUUCAUACCGAUUUUGCCCUUUUUGCUCGAGGUGUUGAGUUAUUAUGAUUUCAAUAAAAAACACAAAGUAGCAGCGAUGAAACCAAAGUCACUGCUUUGUUUAUUGAAAAUAUCGAAGAGUGAACAGCAAGAAAAUACUUUCAAAGACAGUAUUAUUGAAAAUAUCUACGAGCUCAUUUUGGAAAAUGCAGCAAACGAAAGUUACAAAAUUUACUUCCCGGAUGCUUACAUUCCUUGCAUCAUCCAGCUGAAAUCCUUCCUGAAAAAAUGCAAUGUAGCAAACUACUCUCGAAAGAUGAAACAACUUCUCGAUAAGAUUGAGGAGAACCGAAAAUUCGUCGAGAAGGAGCGCAGCAAAGCGACUUUCGAUUUCAAGAAUAUGAAAGAAAUCCAAAACUGGGAAAUCAGGUUGCAGAGUGAAAAAACACCGCUCGUUAAAUUCUACGAUUCUUGGUACAAGGUCAAUCAAAGCCAGAAAAUGAAGCUCCUCACGCAAAACGACGAGGAGGCUGAUUUUAAAUUGCCCUUGUUGAGAAAAUCGAAGGGAAAUAAGAGACGCGCUUCCAGUGAAGAUGACAGUGAUCUCGAUAUGCCGGUUGAAGAAUUCGAGAGGAGGCAGGAGAAGAAGAAGCAGAAGAAGAAGAUGAUGAAAGGGAGGAGGAGGAGGGAUGAGGCGGAAGAAGAUCUUCCGAGGGAUAACACGGAUAUUGUUAAGGACAUGAAGAUGGGCGAUUGGGACUAAAGUUUAUGGUGAAAAUAAUUGUUUUAGCAAUCGAAAUCUAAGUUCUGUACAAAAAAAAAUGGUUCUUCGAUUCUGGAACCUUUACCUUUUUAAUUAGGAAAUAAAAAGA